AUGGUGGCGACGGAGAGAACCCGCAAACGGCGCGAGCCCUCCGCAAAUGCCGUUAUGGACGCGCCUGCAGACAUGGAGGAGGCCCUCCGAACAACCGCCAAAGGGAACAAGGAGGACGAAAAACGAAAGUCCACUGCAACCAAGUGCAUCAAGGCAGACGGAAAUCAAGACCCAGAAGAAGGAGGAAAUGAGGAAUUCGCGCGAGGACAGUUUGACCGCUUUCCUAUCUGCAAGGUCACCCUAGAUCAACUGAAGACUCUCGGCUUCCAACGCCUUCUCCCCGUGCAAUUCCUCUCCUUUCAUUUGGUCCAUCAAGGCAAAGACGUUGUAUGCAAGGCUCGUACAGGCACUGGCAAGACGUUGGCCUUUGCUCUCCCCCUGAUUGAACGCUUCUUUUCUAAUUUGGCGAAGGACUCUUUCAAGCCGAAGCCGCCCUUACGGGGGCUUGUCAAGAAGCAGCCCGGAACGCCGGAGCUCAAGGUGGUAGCCGUUCUGCCCACCCGCGAGCUGGCGCAACAGGUGCACGCGGAUUUCCAGCGCUUAGCGGUUGGGCGUUUUUCUUCGAUUUGCAUCUUUGGGGGUGCCCCCGAGGGUCCUCAGAUAACUUCGAUUCGGUCGGGUUGCAACGUGCUGGUGGCCACACCGGGGAGGCUUUUGGACUUCCUUGGCAGAGGCAUUCUGACGUUGGAGGGCACGGAGGCGGUUGUCUUGGACGAAGCAGAUAAGCUCUUGGAAAUGGGAUUCAGGGAAGAUAUUGAGCAGCUACUUAAGCUCUUGGGAGAACAGAAAAAAGGGAAGGACGGCGACAGCAAGCGAGGCACGGCGGUAGACGAGAGCGAAGACGAUCGCAAGAAAGGCAGUCACCAAUUGUUGCUGUUUACUGCCACCUUUCCCAAGUGGGCUAAGGGUAUUGCCGAGGCUUUCAUGAGGCACGAUCGAGCCUUUGUAGACGGGACUGCCUAUCAGCAGCAACAGGAAGGAAAGGAAUCUGGCGUGACUAAGCAUAUGCCCGGAGGUUCGGGUUCAGGAUCAGGUCUUAUUAGGCACCUGGCCCUGCAGUGUCACUGGAAGGGUCGUGUGGACGCCUUGCCUCUGCUUCUAUCCCUUUACUGCCAAGAUGAGGCGUCUUCUGCUGGCGCUGGAGAAGGGGCCGGUAACGCGCCGGCAGGGCCGCAGGGGGUGGCGGCACCCGUUUCUUCGUUGUGUGCCAUCUUCUGCGAGACAAAGCAGGAAGUCAAUGAAGUCGCUCUGAAUUCGUGCAUCAGCGGUUCUGCUUGUGCGCUGCAUGGUGACAUUCCACAGCAACAGCGCGAAGCGACGCUGAAAUCGUUCAGACAGGGCAAAUUUAAAUGUCUUGUUGCCACAGAUGUCGCCGCCCGAGGCCUCGACAUCGCAGGUAUUCGUCUGGUGGUACAGAUGAGUCCACCGAAGGAUAUCGACACGUAUGUGCACCGUGCGGGCCGGACGGGGAGAGCUGGCAGAAGAGGAACGGCGCUGCUCUUCUACGGCAAGGGCGAUACAGACUUUCUUGCCCAGAUCGAGAUAGAGGGUGCCUUUCAGUUCAUGCGCGUCGGAUUUCCGCAAGGAGAAGCGCUGAAGAGGCAGCGCUUCCUAGCCACCGCCCAAUCUCUUUUCCCCUCACUCAAAGUCGGAUCUCUUUCUGGAGAAGGAGAGAGAAUGGGGGAGGAGGAAUUGUUGCAGAAGCUUUCUAAAAAGGUCUUGAAGAAAACCGCACCCGAGGACGCCAUCGCUCAACUGUUGGGAAGGCUCCUACAGGAUGAAGCUGCAGCGGGGGCGGCCACCACACCCCAGGUGUCCCCUUUAACGGGCCGCCAAGAAUUUGUGUCUUUUCACCUCGUCUUCGAUCCCGCUCCGUCGCCGCCUCUUCAAGGUUCUUGCGCGUACGUCUGGCGUGCCUUGAAGAACCGCUUCACGGAAGAAAAAGCGACCUCUCUGAUAGAGAAGAUCGAGUACAUGACGCUUACCGCCGAUGGAUGUGGGGCUGUCUUCGAUCUCCCAGCAGCAGAAGAGGAGCUAUGGGAAGCCCUUGUCCUAAGGCCUCUGCCCACCAUGCUCGACAGCAGAGGAAGGAAAGCAGGUUUCACUAUCAAGAGUAUGAUUGAACUUCCGCCACUGCAAGACGGCCUCUACCUUGCGCGGCAAAGCGCGGCACAACAGUCACAAGGAGGUGCCCGAGCUACGCAAGCAGCACGCUAUAAUCCGAACCACGUAUCUAGCCGUAGGGGGGGCAGGGGUGGAGCGCCUGGAGGCAAUCGGUUCGACAGGCCUGGCACUCACGGGGGCAGGCCAAGUACCCAUGCAAGAGGAGGAUUGAGAGCACCGGGCCAUAGGGGGACAAACAUGAGCAGGGGUGGAGGAAGGUUGGGCGGACACGGACCUGCCAAACGGCAGCGUGUCGUAUAG